AUCUAGUGUGAUUUACUUCGAGUAUAUACGAUUACGCAUUUGUCGGCGGUUAAGCGUAUGGUGGUUCAGUUCUUUGUUCGGAUUCAGUGAGAAAAUGGAAGAAUAUCCUCAAUUAUUCGUAACGUUGUAGUAUUAUCUGUGAUUUGUUAAUAAUAUAAGAAUUUCACAAGAGGACUGAAAACGUUUCGGUUUCACGUCGUGACGUAAUUGACUCAUUUUUAUAAAAUAAUAAUAUAUCUAAAAAACAUUUUGAGGCACGGAGAGCAUGCAAAGCCGAAAUAAGGCGAAUAUCAGGAAUAGAGGUCCUCCACUCACACAAGGAGCUUUUCAUGCCGCGUCCGCAAUAACGGAAGAGCACGUUGAGCAGGAGUUUCAGAAUAAUUCUCCUGUACCUACACCUACUAUUGAGUAUCAAGCUCCAUGUUUUCCAAGGACAUCUCUAUCGCCAUCUCCCGAUUCGAACGAACCUUCAUUUAGUCAAAAUGUGACAAACUCGAGCGAAAAGAACACUAUAACAGACGACAAAUGUUUACCAAUUAAUGUUGGCCGUUACAAAAUUUACGAGCAGGUCGACCAAUCUUUUAACGGCGAAAUUAGAACAUGUAAAGGCAUAGAUAGGAUAACUGGAGAACAAAUCAUAUGUAAAAUUAUACCGAAAGAAAAGGAAAGAGUAUAUACUCAAGCCUAUUUACGAACUUGUCAUGAAAACGUGGCGCGUAUACGAGAGUUAUUGAAGGACUUAAAUAACGAUAAAUAUCGCUAUAUGAUAUUCGACAGGAAUUACGGAGAUUUACAUAAUUAUAUUAGAAAUAAGAAAAGAUUGAGGGAACUAGAAGCCAUGUAUUAUUUUAGGCAGAUUCUCGAAGCAGUUCAGCAUUGUCACGACUACGGUUUGUCUCUACGCGAUCUGAAACUGAAACGAUUCGUUUUUGUUGAUGAAGAACGACGAAAAAUUCGGUUGGAAGGUCUCGAAGAAGCUAACGUGAUUGAUAAUGAUCAAUUAAUGAAUAUAGAUAGAGCUGAUAAGAUAGCCUGUCCAGCAUAUGUGUGUCCAGAACUUCUAACUCUGGAAGUUGGUAAACCUUUUCAUGGACAAGCGGCUGAUAUAUGGUCUUGCGGUGUUAUGAUGUAUACUAUUAUUUUAGGAAGGUAUCCAUUUAAUGGUCAAAAUCCCAUCCAAGUCUUCACCGCAAUUAAAAAAGGAGUGUUCGACAUACCUGAUACAGUCUCCUCUAGGGCGAAGUGUUUAAUUAGAAAUAUGAUGAAAAGGGACCCUCUUAAAAGAUGGAAAAUAUCAAAAGCGUUAAAACAUCCGUGGUUCGAGAGAAUAACCUACGCUAAUCAUGAGCACGAUUGCAGAAUUCCAGAUAGACAAAAUACCGAUAUGAUACACAUUUAUAGAUUAGGUGAUGAAGUUGACGAUGACGGUUUCUCAAUUUAUGUCGAUCCUGACGAAGAUUUAUUGUCCAUUAUGAAUUAA